CAAUUAAAAAUUUUAGCCUAACUUUAAUUGUUUUAACCCUAAAUAAAAGACUUUUAUAACACGUAAUCUGUCAAAUAAGAACUAUGAGCUAUCAGGUUAAGAUCAUAUAACGCCGCAGGAAUAUUUUUUAGAAUAAAAUAUUAAUAUAUUACUUUUUUAAAACCCCAUAUAGCUUACAUUACUCUAAUUGUUUUAUUGUUUAGCUUUCUUUUGAUUUUCAGGCAAUUCUUAACGGUUACAAGCUUUAUUACUCGUUUACCUUGCAACUUCCAUGCAAAGUUUAACAAAAUUAAAAAUGCAUACAUGAAUGGAAAUGUUAUUGAAUCGUUAAAUAAUGUCAAUUCUUCUGACUGUGCUGUAGCAUGCGUCAGCAACUUUAAAUGCACUUUAGUUAAUUGGAAGGAAGAUGAAAUGAUAUGUGAACUGAUAUCAGACACAAAUCCUCAGCAGAUUGCAAAAGGUCUCUGGAUGGUUUUACAACCAGACAACACUGAUAAUAAAAUUGUUGGUCAAAUUUGUGAGCAGGUUAAACCAUGUGACAGUACGCAAAUAUGUCGAGAUGUAUGUGAUUCCUCUAAUAAACAUACUUUUUCUUGUACCUCAACUAACGAUGUAUCACGAGGUGCUAACCCUACUACGUCAUCAACCUUCCUUAAUAAGCCAGAAAACGACCGAAAUAAAGCAGUUGACGGUGAUCUGGCAACAGUAGCGGGCACUGAUAUUGGAGCUGACAUGAGUUGGUUUAAACUGGAUUUGCAUUAUGUGUAUCAGAUUAUUAAAAUUGUAAUCUACAAUCGAAACGAUUGUUGUCAAGCUAAAAUGAUUCGAAAUAUCCUGAUUGUGAGUGAAACCGACCAAUACUCGAAUGGUCUUAAGAUAGCAACGCUGACUUUAGACCAUGAGCAAACUUUUAUUGGUUCAUCUACUGGAAGAUAUAUUUUCCUUAUUAAAGAAAAUUCUGAUUCGCUGGCUCUAGCAGAAAUUUACGUAUACGUAUAAUAAUCUUUUUUUUUUAUA